AUGUCAGCCUGGGUUCAAAAAGCUCUAAAGGGAAGAUCUCAAUUACUGAGGGAAAACAUUUUGGCACUAAUUAUACUUAAUGAAGUGAGGAUAACUUUGAAUGUGGAAAAAUCAAACCUCUACUUAUUUCGCAUUAUCCUGAGAUAUAUUAACUCCAGAAGCGCAACAUUACCUGGCCGCCUAUCUGCUUGGCAAUCUCGGCCUGAAACAGGGACUACUCAGAGCAAAGAAUUUGUCUUCCCACCUAGCAAGGAGCCAGCUUUUGUCACAAUUCCAGGAAAAAGCUUCACAGAACCUUUCUCCCUGGUUCCAGGCACAUGGAUUGUCAGUAUAAUGGCAGAGGAAGUCCUCUUGGAUUAUAUGGUGCUGUUACCUAGUGAUUAUUUUGAAGCAUCCAUCUUGCAGUUACAAGUUACUGAACCUUGCACCUAUUCAGGACGUGCUUCGACUGAGAACUGCUUACUUUAUCAGCACUUGCCAUUGGGCAGAUUCUCCUGUGUCCUUGGUUCAGAAGCAGCAUAUUUCACAAAUGGGGGAGAAUACAAAAAAAUACCUGUUCGACAGCCAACUCCUGAUCAUCCCGUGAUGUCCCUUAUCAGCGGAAGAGAGGUCAGUUUGCAGAUGACCAUAAAUGUUCCUCAAGUCGGUCGCUAUGUUCUGGUUUUUGAAUAUGCCAAUGAAGGAGAUCAGUUAUACACUGCUGAGGUGAUAGUAAAUAAUCCUGGACCUGCCACCGAAGGCAGAGUGAACAUAUACAGUUGUAAAUACAGUUUCCUUUGCCGCAGUGUUGUAGUUGAUGAUAGGAAUCGCAUUGCAAUCUAUGACCUUCUAGCAGAUACAAAGAUACAUCUUAAGGCAUCGUCAAUUAAUUUUCUUUUGCACAAAAUUUGUAUUAUAUCAGCUGAAGAUUUUUCUCUAGAAUACACAGAGCCUAAAGUACACUGCAUAGCUGCUUACCAGAGUACCUAUGGCAGAAGUGCAACAUGCAUUCCGUCAGUAUAUGAAACUCCACCAGUGACUUUGGUUUUGGAUGCAUUCAGAGAUGGGAAAAUUUCCGAAGUGCAGAGAAGUAUACUCUAUGAUCCACUGAGUGCCCCUUUACCUUCUUACUCAGUAGAUGGUGUCACUUUGACAUCGUUACAGAACCAGAUCACUUUGAGUGGAAGAGUGCCCCACGUAGGCAGAUAUGUAUUUGUGGUACAUUUUUAUCAGUCAGCACAUCCAGUGUUCCCUGUGCAAGUGCGUGUGGAGGCAGGACACGUAUGGUCAGGCUCCUUCAAUGCUUCAUUCUGCCCUCAUAUCUCUGGCUGUCGGGAUCAGGUGAUAGCGGAAAGCCAGAUUGAACUCGAUGUUUCUGAACCUGAGGUCUCUGUUACAGUAAUGAUACCUCAUGGAAAAAUGCUCAUUCUGGAAAAUGUCUUAGUUGUUCCAGCAGAUAACUACAGUUACAAAAUUCUUGAAAAAAAGACUGUGGACAAGUCAUUUGAUUUUAUCAGCCAAUGUGGAGGAAACAGUUUUUACAUUGACCCAGAAGGAUCGUCAGCCUUCUGUAAGGAUUCUGUGAGGUCACUAGUGGCUUUCUACAAUAAUGGAGCAGUGCCAUGUAAUUGCCAUAGAGCAGGUGCCACAAGCCCUUCUUGCAGCCCCAUGGGAGGACAGUGUAUUUGCAGACCGAAUGUCAUUGGUCGUCGGUGUAGUCGAUGCCAGACUGGCUACUAUGGAUUUCCGUUCUGCAAGUUAUGCAACUGUGGCCAGCGUCUUUGUGAUGAUGUAACUGGUAAAUGCAUUUGCCCUCCGCAAACGGUGAAACCAAAAUGUGAGGUGUGCAAGGAACGUUAUUUCAGCUAUCAUCCUCUUGCUGGCUGUGAAAACUGCAACUGUUCAGACAAAGGAGUUGUUAAUAUGGCAAGCCCAGAAUGUGAUAAAAACAACGGACAAUGCAAAUGCAAACCAGGAAUAAAGGGACGGCAGUGUGAUCAGUGUGGUCCUGGUACUUACGGUUUCCCAAACUGCGCUCCAUGUAAUUGCAACAGAGGCGGAACAGAAUCAGAUGUUUGUGAUCCCCAGACAGGAAUUUGUCUCUGCAAGGAGAAUGUUGAAGGUGCACGUUGUGAUGUUUGCCGACCAGGAUCAUUUUAUCUGGAUCCUUAUAAUCCCAAGGGAUGCACCGCUUGCUUUUGUUUCGGGGCAACCAACAGCUGUCGCAGCACAAAUCUUCGUAGAAACAAGUUUGUGGACAUGAGGAACUGGCGCUUGGAGACAGUGAAUAGAAACACUGACAUUCCAGUAACCUUCAAUCCAGUCAGUAAUAGUGUAGUGGCUGAUGUUCAAGAAUUGCCUACUUCAGUGCAUAGUUUGUACUGGAAAGCACCACCAUCUUACCUGGGACAGAAGCUUUCUUCAUAUGGUGGCUACUUAAGUUACCAAGUGAAAUCAUUUGGCUUACCUAGUGAAGGCAUGGUUCUUCUGGAUAAGAGACCGGAUAUACAACUGACAGGCCAGCAAAUGAAAGUAGUUUAUGUGGAUCCUAACAACCCACUGCCUGACCGUCAAUAUUAUGGCCGUGUACAGCUUGUUGAAGGAAACUUCAGACAUUCUAGCAGCAAUAACCUUGUAUCCAGAGAAGAACUAAUGGUGAUCCUGUCUAGACUAGAUGGUUUACACAUCAGAGGCCUUUACUUCACGGAGACUCAGCGAUUAACCCUUGGUGAGGUUGGGCUGGAAGAAGCCACCAACACAGGAAGUGGCAGCAUUGCGUACAAUGUAGAGACAUGCUCCUGCCCUCCUGAGUAUGCUGGUGACUCAUGUCAGGAAUGCAGCCUUGGAUUUUAUCGUGAAAAUCAGGGAUUAUUUACUGGACGCUGUGUUCCCUGCAACUGCAAUGGAAAUUCAAAUAGAUGUCAGGAUGGUUCUGGAAAAUGUAUUAACUGUCAAUAUAAUACUGCUGGGGAGAAAUGUGAGCGCUGCAAAGAUGGUUAUUUUGGAGAUGCCACUCAAGGUUCCUGUCGGCCGUGCCCUUGUCCAUAUACAAACAGAUUUGCAACUGGCUGUGUGGCAAAUGGUGAAGAAAUUCAGUGUCUAUGUAAAGAAGGCUAUACCGGAGUUCGUUGCGAACGAUGUGCUCCUGGAUAUUUUGGAAAUCCACAAAAAUAUGGAGGCUACUGUCAGAAAUGUAGUUGUAAUAAUAAUGGCCAGCUGGCUAGUUGUGAUCACCUGACUGGAGAAUGCUUAAAUAAUGAACCAAAAGAUAUGGAUCCUGAUGAAGAUUGUGACUCUUGUGAUAGCUGUGUAAUUACGUUGCUGAAGGAUUUGAGCAUGAUAGGUGAUGAGCUUCAGCUGAUAAAGUCUCAGCUGCAAAAUGUCCGUGCAAGUACCCACACACUGGAACAGAUGAGAAGUUUAGAAGCACGCAUCAAGGACUUAAAGACCUUAUUGAACAGUUACCGCUCUGUUGUUCGUAAUCAGGGUUUAAAGGUAGAUGAGUUGGAGACAGACUUCAUUAACCUAAAUCGUGACGUAAAUGCUCUCCAGGAAAAGGCUGAAAUGAACUACAAGACAGCAGAGAGAUUAUUUAAUAAUUUUGGUGAAACUAAUCAGAAAGGAAAAGAUAUGGUUUCAAGAAUACAAAUAGUUGUCAAUAAUAUACAAGUGCUCUUGCAACAAAUAGCUGGUACAAAUGCAGAAGGUAACAAUUUGCCCUUGGGGGAUGCUGCCAAAGAACUGGCUGAAGCUCAACAAAUGAUGACAGAGAUGAGAAACCGCAACUUUGGCCAACUGCAAACAGAUGCAGAGGAGGAGAGAAGAGCAGCUCAGCUGCUACUGGCACAUGUUAAGAAUGAACUACAAAAGUACCACCAAGAAAAUCAUGGGCUUGUUAAAAUUGUGAGGGAUUCAUUGAAUGAAUAUGAAUCCAAACUCACUGAUCUUCGUGCAGCUCUGAAUGAGGCCACUGGACAAAUCAAGCAGGCUGAAAAUUUAAACAGAGAUAACGGAGUUCUGUUGGACGACAUUAAGAAACGGAUUGAUGAGACAAGUGUACAACAGAACAAUAUCUUGGAUAUUUUGAGCUCUGCUCAAACUUCCCUGACACAAGCUAACAGUGUACUUGGAUUAUUGCAAAAGAGCAAAGAGGAAUAUGAAAGUCUGGCUGCUCAGCUUGACGGAGCAAGGAAGGAUCUGAACGAAAAGCUGACAAACAAUUCCUUAUCAGCCAGCAAAGAACCUCUGGUGGUGAGCGCUGAGGAUCAUGCCAAAUCUUUGCAAGCCUUGGCAAAACAAUUGGAUGAAAUAAAGAACAAUGCCAGGAAGGAUGAGUUGGUAAGCUGUGCUGUGGAAGCUUCUACUGCCUAUGACAACAUUAUUAACACUAUCAAAGCAGCGGAGGAAGCAGCCAACAGAGCUGGGAGUGCAGCUGACUCAGCUUUAUUGACAGUGAAGAGAGAAGACCUAUCAGGAAAAGCUGCGAGGUUAAAAGCUGAGAGCGGUGCACUCUUGAAUCAAGCACAGGAAACUGAAAGAACAUUAAAAGUUAUUGGUCCAAAUCUUGAAGACAUAAAUCAAAGACUUGGUGUUGUUGAUGGACAGAAGGAUAAACUACAGAUUGAUUUUGUCACUCUUCAAAAUGAUCUCAACGGAAUAAAGAGAGAUGAUAUUGACAGCAAAAUCACCAAUGCAAAGAGCAUGGUAAGAAGUGCCAAGGAUGUCACGAGUAAUGUAUUAGGUGAACUGCUCCCAAUUCAAGCAGAUGUGGAAAAAAUUAAGAGUACCUAUGGAAGCACACAGAGUGCCGACUUCAGUAAAGCAUUGUCAGAGGCAAACAAUUCAGUAACAAUAUUGACAAACACACUUCCGGAUCUAUUCAGCAAGAUUGAAAGUAUUAACCAACAGCUGAUGCCAAUAAGUAACAUCUCUGAGAAUGUAAAUCGCAUAAGAGAGCUUAUUCAGCAGGCAAGAGAUGCUGCAAACAAGAUUGCUAUUCCUAUGAGGUUCAAUGGCAGCUCUGGGGUAGAAGUUCGACCUCCAAGGAACCUUGAAGAUUUGAGAGGCUAUACUUCACUUUCUUUCUUUCUCCAAAGACCUCAGAAAAGAUCAGAUAUCCUCCAGAGGGCACCAAAUAUGUUUGUCCUGUAUCUGGGUAAUAAAGAUGCUUCCCAGGACUACAUCGGUAUGGCCCUGAAACGUGGUCACCUCACUUGUGUCUAUAAUCUGGGAGGCAACGAAGCUGAAAUAGAUGUGGAACCACUGGUGACUGAAAGCAACACUGAGGAAGCCAUUUUGGAUCAAGUUAAGUUUGAAAGGAUUUACCAGUAUGUGAAGCUGAAUUACAUCAAAGCAGCUACAUCAACUUCUCCAGAGUAUGAAAAGCCUUUGAAUGGGAACAGUGGAGACAGUCACACUCUCCUAAAUCUUGAUCCCAGCAAUGUUGUCUUUUAUGUUGGAGGAUACCCACCAGAUUUUAGGCCUCCACAAAAUCUUGACUAUCCUCAUUAUGAAGGCUGCAUUGAAUUAGACAAUCUAAAUGAGAAUAUUAUCAGCCUGUACAACUUCAAGAGGACAUUUAAUCUCAAUACCACUGAAGUGCAACCGUGCAGAAGGUAUAAAGAAGAGUCUGACCAAAGCUAUUUUGAAGGCACUGGUUAUGCCAGUGUCACAUCUAGAGAAACAAAUGCUUAUAUACCAGCACGCUAUGAACAGACAAUUCGGACUACUGCAGAUGAAGGCCUAGUGUUUUUUGCAGCAAAUGAGGAUCAGUUCAUCAGUAUACUCAUUAAAAAUGGUCAUCCAGUUUUUAGAUACAAAAUUGACUCUGAGCCUCCAAAGGAAAUAGAAAACAAUGCAACUGUAAAUGAUGGAACAUAUAAACACAUUAAUUUGUUGCUUGCUAGAAGUAAAAGUAUUGUUCGUGUCAGUCCUGGUAUUAGUGCCAACAUAAAUAUCUUCAGUUUCACUAAGUACUACCUGGGUGGAAUUCCAUCUUCUCUACGGGAACGCUUUAAUAUAUCCACACCUCCAUUCCGGGGUUGCAUGAAAAAUGUGAAAAAUCCUAAAACUGCCUCUGUUAUUUUUGAUGAGACUGUUGGUGUCAGCAAGAAAUGUUCAGAUGACUGGAAGAUUGUCAGAUCAGCAGCUUUCUCCAGGGAGGGAACACUGAGCUUGAGCGCAGCACAUUUCCCAUUUCCCAAGGAUUUCCAAGUCAGCUUUGGAUUUCGCACCAUGACAUCAACUGGAACACUCUUAAAUUACAAUCCUAAUGUUAUUGUCUUCCUGAGACCUGGCUCUGUAGUUGUAAGGAUGGGAGAGAUGGAAAACCAAUUGAACAAAAAAUAUGAAGAUGGAUCAAUGCAUUAUGUGACAGUCUUAAAAAAUGAUGACAUAGUAAGACUACUAGUUGAUGAUGAGCCUGUGUCAAUGACAGUUGACUAUCUAGGACCACAGACAUUAAUCCAACCUAUAAGAUUUGGUGGAGAUGAUUUUGAAGGUUGCAUUGCAAACAUCUUUAUAGAAAGGACAGGUCAGCUCCCUGAGGUUCAAAAUCUAGUUGACUACACUAGGAAGACUGGUGUGUCUCUUGGAGCUUGCCGCCAAUAUGAGAACCUUGAACCAGUGCUGCUGAGAGAAUUCACAAAUCCUCUCAAGUUUAAGAUGCUCAAGUUACAGAAUGAAAAAUACCUUGAUUAUUUAACAGUUGCUGGAGUGCAGCAGGACCAGCAAAACCAUACUUUACCAGCUCUGUUAAAUGUCAGCAACGGAGCAUAUCUGUUUGGAAACAGUCCCAACAGUUUUGUGUCAUAUACAUUUUCCCCACUAUCCCCUACAGACAGGUUACAUUUUUCUGUAGACAUACGGACUCGAUCAUCAAGAGGAUUAAUGUUUUUUGUGGAGGAAAGAUUUGAGAACUCUUACAUGGCUCUCCACAUUUCAAAAGGACGUUUUGUCUUUUCACUUUUUUCUGGAGGAAAACGAACCAAAAUCAAAACCGAUACUAAAUACAAUGAUGGGCAAUGGCACACUGUGGUAUUCAAUAGAGAUGGAAAGAAUCUCCGUCUUGUUGUCGAUGGUCUAAGGGCAUGGCAUAGAAGAUUAGCAACAAAUUCUGCCGCCAGCAUUACACAACCGAUCUACUUGGGAGGGCUGCCAUCACUGAAACAACAGAUUAUGCCAAUGAAUAGUUUGAAAGGUUGCCUGAGGAAUUUUAAGAUGAACGGAAAAGUCAUGAAUAUACCUCAGCAAAAGAAUGGUGUACUUCCAUGUCUGGAUGUUCCCAUGGAGACUGGAAUUUAUUUCUUUAAUGAAGGAGGAUAUAUCAUGAUUGAUAAUUCAAUGAUGGGCUUAGAUUUUAGGAUUGUAUUUACUGUUCGACCAAAGAGUUCAACAAGUAUACUCCUCCAUUCUGGAAGCAAGCAAGACAACUACUUGACUGUUUACAUGGAAGGAGGAAAGCUCAUUGCUACUGGAAAUAAUGGGGCUGGAGAGUUCCAGACAUCAGUCACUCCUAAUCAAUCUUUGUGUAACGGACAGUGGCAUACAAUUGUAGUCUCUCAGAAGAAGAAUACCAUAUGGCUAGAGGUAGACGCACAGAGUAACUAUACCACUGGACUUCCAUCCUUUACUCCUAGACACAUGCAUCGGCCACUCUACUUCGGCAGAAUUCCAGCAAAUUUUACCACACCAUGGCUUCCAGUUAAAGAUCCAUUUUUUGGCUGUCUUCGGAAUAUUAACAUAAAUGACAAACCUGUCUCCACCAACAAAAUUUCAGAGGUUCAUGGUGUAGUGAGUUUGCAUGGAUGCCCUGCCAAGUAACUUCACUGUUACACUACUCGUACACUCAUCAGAUUGGAUCUGCUGAAGUACUUUGUGAAUUCAUGCAAUGUAGGUUCCCUUUUUCUGAUCACUGUCAUUGUCAUCAGGCUGGUUAUUCAGAAUGGCUGGUGACCAAACGCUCCACUGGAUGUGGACUGUGCUGAAGCAAACUGAAAGUGUUGCAUUUGAUAAACUCCCUAUUAAAUGUUAUCGAUUUCAAGGUAAUCCAUUUUGUCUUUUGAAAAUAGAUACAUGAACUAUAAAACAGGAUUGUACAUACACCUACUGGGCCAAAUUUUGCUCUCAGCAAUAACUGCCUAGUGUUGAGUAACUCCAGUGUAUUAAUUUUGGAAAUUUCCUUAAUGCUGGUCAUCUUGAGAGCAAAUUUGAUCCACUAAUAUAAAGAAUUUUUAUAAAAAUGUAAUUUUUUUUGGAGUGAUGAAUAGAAUGUUUAUACAGAAAUGUACAUUAAUGUUAAAAGUAAUAAUAAUAAUAUAAAUGGAGUUUGAAGCACUUUAAGGAGUGAAACUCUAGGAGUUUGUUACAAUGCUAGGAAUUUGGGGGCCAAAUAAAUGCAGUAUGUUCUGUAAGCUGUCCA